AGCACAAUACCAUUGGAGACUGAUGUUCCUUAGUCCUUGUUAUGGACAUAGGAAACACUUAUUAGCUUUCCGUUUCUUGUGUGUCAUUCGUGUGAAUUUCUCGAAAGCCCAUGUACGUCAUCUACGCUGCCAGACUGACACAUUCAAGCUGAAAUAAAUGUGUGAACGGCCAUGACUAAUACAUCUGAGUUUGUCCCUUUAAAUUCACCUCUCUCCUUCCAUCGCCAUUUCUAUCUUUCAAUGCCUCAGUUUUGAUCCUCCGGUUGCCUCGAGCAAGCAGACUGCAUAUUGCAGUCAGCACACGUCUGGCUCCCUGUUUGUUCUGUGGUGUGUGUGCCUGUUUUAAAGGAGGACAGGGGUGCACAUACACAGGACUAAAACGCAUUGAGGAGAGAGAGGACGGGCAUGCAUCAAGAUUAACAAAGAAACCAAGUGUAUAAUUGCUCCUCUGUCUGCAUCUCAUUCUUCAUCUGUGGAUAGAGGAGAUCUGCAGAAAGGAGACGCUUUCAUCCAAGCAACUUGGAGUAGACUCAAGGUCCUUGGUGGUGGUGACGACAGCUGUUUGGAAAUUAAACAUCCGCGCGAUGCACACUCCUGUGUCCAUGCUGAUGGGGGUCGUGUUCGCUCCCUUGGGCCUUGUGCUGGUAUUCACCGCAGCCAUCACGCCACAGUGGAGGGAGGGGCAGGCGCGGCUGGGUGCCCCAGGGCGCGCCGGAGCUACGGAGCUCCUCCUACUUCGUUCGGAUGGAUUAUGGGAAAGCUGCCUGCAGGUGGUGCACUCCGAGCUUAAAGAAUGCUGGCCCGUGUCGGGAUCCUACCAACGGGAUGCCAGGGUUCGAAUGGUUCAGGGAUUGGUGCUGUCAUCCCUCUUUUUGUGCGGUGCGGGGAUCGUACUCGCUUGCGUGGGAGUUCGAUGCUGGACUGAUAUUCCUCUAAGGAGUGUAGCGGCAGCUGGUGGCCUGUUGGUGGCGAUGGCAGGCGUGCUCAGUCUGGCUGCUUUAGGGGUGUACACGUGCCAUCUGUCAAAGCUGGGGAUCGAGGUGGAUUCAGCCGUAACUGACACCCAGGGACUGAACAUACAUAAGCCACCGCGACUAACGUUACACCCGGCCGGAUCGCUUUAUUUUGGGUGGGUGGGUGCUUGGGUACAAGUGAUGGGAGGGGCGGCUUUGCUGUUUGGGUUUAAGAGCAUGCGGUGCCCAACCUGUCCCAAACAGAGACUCAAAGAGAGUGCAGAGAUGUAUGAGGUGAACUGUUAGAAAUAUUCGCAUCAGAUGAGCGAGAUAAGAAGUUCUUUAAAAUGGGGAGAACAGCGUAUUGCUCUUGCGCUGGAUGCAACGUUGCAUUGCAGUUAAUGCGAAAAACACUGUUCUGGGUUAAAUACCAACCUGAUUUCAAAAAGAAUCCGUAUUUUUAGUUGGCGGCUAAUUUGCAUGAAUUCGUACGAAGCGAAUUGUACAAAAAUGUUAAUAAUGAUACCCCGCACCUAAACCCAACGUCACAGGUGUGAAAGCCAAUCGUACAAAAACAUACGAUUUUUGUCGAUCGAAUUAAUACGAAUUAGCCACCUGGUAAAAUACGUACGAAUUGCCAUUGUGUUGUAAAUACAAACUCUAUUAACAGCAUCUUUGGCUUGCUGAAACAAAUUCAACUUGUUGCAUAUAAAAAACAAAGCAGAUGUCUUUGGGGCAUUAUUAUAAAUGUGUAAUUGUCAAUGCAUUUUUGUUUGCUUUCAUGCAGAAAGUCAAAAAUGUCAGUGGUCAUUUUUAGUAGGCCACAGUCGUGUGUGUGCAAAGAGGAAAACAUCUGAAACUUUACAUAAAGUACUGAAUCAUUACCAGAAGCCUUAGUUAUUCAGAUGUUACUAUUCUCGUACGUGGUGUCUCUGUAUUACGACAUCGCUCGUAAGUUUAAGUGUACAUCAUGACAGAGCUGUUCAACAAUCUUUACAAGCUUUAAUGAAAUGAUAGCAAUGUGCUAAUGUCACAAGGCUGAAUAGCAUUUUGGGCUUUCCUGCUACUACAUGAGAUUUCAUUUCAUCCAAGGCUUAUGGCUACUAAACAUGUCUAAGAUUUAAACCAGCAGUAUUUUGCAUUGUAAAUAUGUGUAGUUUUUGACUGUUGUACUGUCGAUUUUUCUAAACAAAUGGUUCAAAUGCUUAUUUUUAUGCUUCACUUUAGUCGUGUAAAACAUUUGACUGCUUGUAACAUUUCAGUCAACGUGUCUUUAUCUACUGGCCUCUUGUCAUGCUAAUAAAUUGUGAUUUUACGCUGAA